CAAUCAUCAGGAAUACGAGGAAUGGAGUUCCAGCCUCCUAUACAUCAGGAGGAGCGCGGAAAAUUCUGCAUCAACUCUCAUGUAGACAAGGAGGUCAUAGGGCUCAAUAAAACCCAGACUGGCCAAAGUUCAUAUCAAUUGGAACAACAAAAAGCCAAAACAUCCGUUUCUCACUGUCAUUUGGAACACAGCGGACAAGUUGAUUUAGGCCUAGAGCCUCGAUAUAGGUUUGAGAAAUUUCAGUCUCAGAAAUUGGGUAAUUGCCUCGAGAGCUGCGACGGUGAGUAUCAGCCACAGCAAUGGCAGCAGGAUCAUUCGCAGAUUGGAGAGCAACUUACACAGUAUAAUCGUCAACCUUUAGUGCCUCAUCAGCUAUGCUCUAAUUGUGCAAAGCAUCAAGGCUCCCUCUUGCCUCAACAGAAACCGCAAAAUCACAUAAUUCCACAUUUAUCCAACACUAGAAUCCCAGACGACCGAUCUCGUUGGCGUAGGACAUCUUCGACGUCGGCUCCAUCUCUUCAGGUACACAAUUCUACUCGAGAGCACUCUUCAUUGCCUCCAUCAGAGUCUGUGCACAAGUCACUAUCCCUCCGUCGUCUCACUGACUGGUUGCCAAAUGAAUACGGCAAUGUGGAGGGCCAGUCAGCAUUGGAACUAAUCAUAUUUUAG